GGGGUGGGGGAAAAAAAUCGAUUUUCCGAUUUUAAUCGAUUCUCUCUAGAACGAUUCGUUCUCGAUUCAGAAAGGUUCAUAAUCGGAAUUUUAAAAAUGAAAUUAGUUCGCCUGCUGCAACAUUCUGUUCGCCCGCUGCAGAACGCAACAGAAAACUCUCCUCUCUGCUCCGCUAUACACGCAUGCGCACCAAGCGCACUAAACGCACAUGUUGAAUGUUUAUAAACAAAGUUUAAGUGGCACCAAAAUGUCUGCCAUGGAAAGCCCUAGACCUAUACGUCCUGCACCGGCUUCUUUGAAAACUGCCGUAUGGCAGCAUUUUGGAUUCUAUGAGAAUAAUGGCAAGUUGGACAAGACCUACACAAUAUGUAAGGUCUGUAGAAGUCAGAUUAAAUACUUCGGAAAUACCACCAACCUGUACAAUCACAUUUCGCGACACCACCCAGAGUUGGGAGGUAAAAAGGGACCCGUUCCUGAUGGCAGACCCAGCAGCCAGAUGACUAUAGAACAGGCACUGGGACAGCUGCCACCGAAUUCGGAGAGGGCACAACGGAUAACUAAAUCCAUUGCAAAGUUUAUUGCAGUGGAUUUAAGGCCGUAUUCAGUGGUGGAGAACAUGGGUUUUCGGGAAAUGGUUAAAACUCUGGAGCCUAGAUACAAAAUACCUUCUCGGCGAUUCUUUACUGACACAGCAGUACCCACGCUGUACAGUGAAACCAAAUCCAGAGUUUUGGACACUUUGGUGGAAGCGGGUAGGGUAGCUUUAACUUGCGACGCAUGGACAUCAAUUGCCACGGUGUCCUACGUUACCAUUACUGCGCAUUUCGUAGACAAAGAUUGGCAGCUCGUGUCACUGGUGCUCCAAACAAGAACAAUGCAUGAGAGUCACUCUGGCGCAAACGUGGCUGAAUUGUUAAAGAGGGUAGCAGAUGAAUGGCAUCUCAAUGACAAAGAUUUAGUUUUAGUGACAGACAAUGCCGCUAAUAUGGUUGUUGCAGCCCAACUUGGUGGGCUUCUGCACGUGAGGUGUUACGCCCACACCUUAAACCUGCCUUGUCAGCGAGCGCUCAAGCUGCCGUCUGUGUCCAGGCUCCUGGCCAGGAUUAGGAGAAUUGUUUCGUUUUUCCACCGGAGCACCGUCGGCGCAUACGAGUUAGGAGAAAAGCAGAAGCUGCUGGGUCUGCCAUGCCACAAACUCAAAACAGACGUCAGCACCAGAUGGAACAGUGCCUUUGAAAUGGUGGAUCGCUUUUUGGAACAGCAGCCUGCUAUCUGCGCCACUUUACUCUCUCCCCAGGUGAGGAAAGGACAAUCACAAUCUGAUCUCUGCACUCUCAAUGAGACCGAUGUCGCCAAUGCAGAGCAUUUAGUUAAGGCCCUCAAGCCAAUGAAGGAUGCUACUACGCUUAUAUCAGAGGAGAGUAGCCCCACUGUGUGUUUGAUUGCCCCACUGCAAGCUCAACUCUGCCAGGAAACGACGGGCAACAUUGCAGAGUCAUCAAUUACCCGCGAUAUAAAGAAGGCGAUCAAUGAGGACCUCAGCAAAAGGUACACGUCUGACCUAGAGAGAAGAACACUUCGUUCAGCUUCUGCUCUGGACCCGAGAUUCAAGGGACUGCCUUUCCUUUCUGAAGAUGAUGUAGCGGAAACAUUUGGAAGAGUUGUUGCUGAAGCUGCAUCACUUGAGCAACAGGUAAGAGUGGAAGAACAUGAAGUCACAGAGGGCACCCAACCUACAGAGGAGCAGAACCAAAGCUCCCCCCCUGCCAAGAGAAGAGCACCAUCGUCUUUGUUGGAGAAUCUGCUGGGGAAUACCUUCUCUAGUGCAACUCAGCCCAUCUCUGCCUAUGCUCAAGCUGAGGAGGAGGUUAACAAGUUCCGUGGUGCUCCACCAGUUCCUCUCUCUGAGGACCCUCUCAGCUGGUGGAGGAAAAAUUAGAUUAUGUAUCCCCUGCUCUCCAAGUUGGGCAAGCGAUACUUUUGUAUUCCGGCCACCAGUGUCUCUGCAGAAAGAGUGUUCUCUACUGCAGGAGAUAUUGUGACUGCCCAGCGGAGCACACUCACACCAGAGCAUGUAGACCAGCUCCUGUUUUUACACAAGAACUUGCAUAUGCCAUGAGCUUGUUUUCUUUGUCAGAUCACAACACUUCAUUACUUAGAUAUGUUAACACAUUUCACCCCCUUUUCUCUGGCAACUUUUGUUUUGUGUACUAAAGAUGCAGAGACACUGCCUCGUUUCUGUGCUUUGAGAACUAUGUAUAUAUGUUAUUUUGUUGGUCCAAGUUGUGUUUUGCUAUUUAUACAGUGUGAGAUGCAGUUAGCUCUACGUUAGCCUAAUGAUUGGGUAGGAAUAUUGCCUUCAAUUUAAUGUUAGUCACAUGAAUAUGAGAACUUGCAUAUUCCAUGAGCAUCCACCAGUUAUUAACUGGAAAUGAAGCACCUUUAAAAUGCAAGCGCCAUAAAGUAGCAUAUUAUUGUGUAGCAUUAUUUUCUUUCUCAGGGACAUGCUGCUUAUUAUCAAAAAUAAAAGUGGCAUUUUGUGUUUGAAGUCUUAUUCUUAUCAUUGACUAAGAGCAGCUUUUUCUUUAAUAAUUUAAAAGAAAAAUUAAUGUAUUUACAUUUUAACUAGGCUACUUCCAUAUUGUGUUGAAAUGCAAGCUGCAUUGGUUAUUGUGUUGUCGAUAGAAAUUCAUAUUUGUGACAAAGAUAUUUUUUCUUUUAUAAAAAGGUAAUUCAUCUAUUGAUUUUUUUGAGCAAUGCAAUAAUCGAUGCAGCUUGCAUUUCAAC